GGCAAGUUUUGCAAAAUUGUUUUUGUGAAGACGGUUGUUUGAUAAAAUUUUGCUGAAUUUCACUGAAAGGAAGGUUUAUCUGUUCAUUUAAUGUGGAAGCCAGCCGGCGAGCAUGGAUACAGAGCUGCAGGAGCUGAAGAGCGUGCUGCGGUCGCUGGUGGUGUCCAGCCCCACGCAGGUGGACGUGCGCGCGCUGCUGCGCGACUACCGCAACAUGAUGGGCGUGCCGGUGCCGCUCGCCAAGUACGGCUACCGCGACCCCGUCACGUUUCUACGAGAACGUUUCAGUGAUUGCUUUGUGUUUCAAGGGCCACAGAACAAUCCUGUAUUAACAUUAAUAGUUCCUGACGCGCUGAAGCAUAUUGAUAAGUUUGUUCAGAGACAAAAGCCAUCAACAAAUGUGAAAUUCAAAGAAAAAAGAAGAAGUAUUCCGGAACAAAUAAUCAAUAAAUCAACCAAAAACUUAAUAGCCAGCACAUUUAUACCUCCUCCAAAGAACAAACAAUACAAUACAACUACUCCAAAACUUACUACAAACACUGCAACUAACAAAAAUUAUACACCUGAAUCUGGGAAUAUACCAUUACAUAAAUCAAUUAAUAAACUCAACAUUCAAGAUCAAGCUCUAAGCCAAGAGUCAAUAGCUAGCAAUAAAGAGAAAUCGCAAGAUAAUAGUGCAGAAGAGAGAUUACAAGAUCUAAACUCUUCCCAAAGUGCUUUACAAAAGUUCCUGAAGAAAAGAUUACCUUUUUACAAUAGUUCUCAGCACUUGAGCAGUGACAAAUAUGACUCGGGGAUUGCCUCAUCCAAAGGGGAUGAUGACUCUGGGAGACGGACCUCAUCAAGUACAGGCAGUAAAGCAGCGUUGUUAGAAGAAUUAAAAAAGGAAAUAAGAGAUCUGGUGGAAGAACACCCUGAAGGUGUUUGGUGUACUGAUCUGAUUGCAUUAUACAGGCAGCGGUACAAGCGCGAGCUGGAGUUCGAGCGCUUCGGGCUGACGUCGGUGGCGGCGCUGGCGGUGGGCGUGGGCGGCGUGCACGUGUCGCGCGCCGGCGACGGCUGGCUGCUGAGCGCCGCGCCCGCGCCGCCGCGCCGCCACGUGCCGCUCAGCGUGGCUCGCUACGCGCCCGCCGCGCCUGAGCAAGUCGACCCCGACGACGCGCUGCCGGGUAUCGACUUUGACCCGGACGUGUUCCCGCAGGACUGCAUGCACUUCAUGGAGAGCAUCCCGGCGGCGCCGCUGGGCGCGCUGGCGCCGGGCGCCAACGUCGGCGUCAUGCUGGGCGAGGUCUACUCGCCCUCGCACUUCUGGCUGCUGCGCCUCGGCGACGGCUACGACGCCAUGGGCGACAUGAUGGACGAGAUGACGAGGUACUACACGCACGGCGAGGGCAAGGACCGCUCGCUGGCGCUGGGCGCCGUGCGCGUCGGCCACUACUGCAGCAGCGUGUUCGAGGGCGACUGGCACCGCUCGCUCAUCGUGCGCGUGCAGGACUGCGACACCGUCAAGGUGGGCGCUCGGGUCCGCUCGUCACGUCGCGUCUUUCCGUUUUAUACAUGGCCAGAACGCACCCAUAGGAAACUGCUCGUGUAUAUUUUGUAG